GGGGGGCGAGGCGAGUGGUGCUGGUGGGGGUGAGUGAGGGGGGGGGGGCUGAUCAUCGGAAGCCCCUGACAGCCGAGCAGCACCUUCGCCUGCGAGCCAAAGGCGGAGACACUCGCAGCAGCAGGCGCGCCCGGAGACGCACAGCAGCGCGGGCAGAGGAGGAGGAGGAGGAAGAGGAGGAGGAGGAGGAGGAGGAGGCGCGGGAGAAGAGCCCAGCUUGAUGUCUGAGCGAGUCGCUCGCAGGAGCCCGAGCGAGCCGGAGCACAACUUCGCCCCUGGCUGGAAAGCGGCCGGCCUCGCCCCAGCGGGACCCCCGCGCCUAUGGCACGGCUGCUGCGCCCGGGCAUCUGACGCCGUCCGCGGCCAGCCGCCCCACUUCCCCCCGGUCGCCGCCGCCGCCGCCGCCGCGCCUCCCCACCCAGCGAUGUAUUCGCUGCUCUCCGCCUGCACUUGCGCAUGUUUACAUUUCUUGCUGCUGUGCAUCCAGGUACAGGGAGUCACUAGUGCCUUUCCUUCUCUCCAAGUCAACCCAAGGCACCCUGUGUUGCCAAACCGAGCUGUUUCCCCAUUCCCAAUGUUUGUCGCUGAAGAGAAUGUGGACUUUCGGAUACAUGUGGAAAAUCAAACGCGAGCACGAGACGAUGUGAGCAGGAAGCAACUUAGACUCUAUCAGCUGUACAGUAGAACAAGUGGGAAACAUAUCCAAGUGCUAGGCAGACGGAUCAGUGCCAAAGGAGAAGAUGGGGACAAAUAUGCCCAGCUUCUAGUGGAAACAGACACAUUUGGCAGUCAAGUGCGGAUCAAAGGGAAAGAGACAGACUUUUACCUUUGCAUGAACAGGAAAGGCAAGCUAGUAGGGAAGCCGGAUGGAGCCAGCAAGGAGUGUGUCUUCAUCGAGAAGGUCUUGGAGAACAAUUAUACCGCGCUGAUGUCAGCAAAGUACUCGGGCUGGUACGUUGGCUUUACCAAGAAAGGGAGGCCUCGGAAAGGGCCCAAGACACGAGAAAACCAGCAAGACGUCCAUUUUAUGAAAAGAAACCCAAAGGGACAACUGGAAUUACAGAAACCUUUCAAGUAUACCACAGUGACCAAGAGGACUAAGCGGAUACGGCCCACCAACCUCAGUUAAAAGAUAGACAAAAGACAGUAUCGUGCGACUAAACUACAAAAGAUAAGACUGUACCAGAGAAAUAUUUUUACACUAAAAAAAUAAGGGAGAAGCUCUAUUUUUGUACAUUGUGUUUAAUUUUUUUUUUUAAAGACUAGAUUGAAAAAAAAUAACGCUGGGGAAGUUGUAAAAGAUUUAUUGUGACUUGAAGAAGAAAAUGAAUGGUUCUAUUUAAAUUGACUUUUUUUUUUGCUGUGGAUUGAUCUACAGGUGCUUAUAUCUCUUUAGGAAUGGACGACUUUUUCAAGCCAAUGCCCAGAGAGAAGGAGGAAAAAAAAGAGUUAACCUUACAAUUAAAAACCAACCACAAACCAAAGAAAAACCAAAGUUCUUUUCCCAAAGUCCCUCUGAUCCCACCCCGCCCCCUUGGAUAAUUCUCUGGUGUCGCAGUGGUCUCUUUCGAUUGGCUGCUGCGAGCUAGACCGGGACAAGAUGGUGCACGAACCCGUCAGUCAUUGGGCUUCCAUGGAGAGCUCAAUACCUCAGUCCUUUGUAACCUUUCCGACGACAUAAGGUGUCACGGCUCUGUGAUCCUGCAUUGUGCUCACUUCUGGAGAAUGCUGCUACCUUCGAGUGACUUAAGUAAAAAAAAAUAACCUAAUACACCAAUGAUAAGGGAAUAUUUUUAAACCAGCUCUAUUAUAUAUAAAUAUAUAUAUUAUAUAUUAUAUAUAUUAGCUAUUUAUUUCACCUCUCUGUAUAUUGCAGUUCCAUGAACCAAGUAUUACUGCCUCAACAAUUAAAAGAAAGUUAUUUAAAACA